GUGAAAGUAAAUGUUCAGAGUUGAUGUUUCUCCAUUUAAACAACCAGAAUCGACUCUAUACAGAAUAUCAGUGUUUCAUAGGAACUUUUAUAAAAGCUAAGCCAUGAUUUACGUGUAGCUGCUUCAUAGAAAGGCGGUGGAUUUUGUGAAUCUGUGUAAAUAAGAGUCAGUGCUGGAGAUCAGAUUCUGUUUCAUCAUGGAUCACACACAAACAUCCUCAGAUGAAGAGUUUUCUCCAGGAUACAGUUCAUUUCAGCAGAAGAGAUCAGAAGCAGAGUCCAGCUGUGUGUCUCUGAGGAGUAACAGGUCUAUGAGUUAUCCAAUACAUUUUAAGACUCGAGAUACAAAGACUGAUCUCAGUUCAGUUCAUCAGAAGAGAUCAGAAGCAGAGUCCAGCUGUGUGUCUCUGAGGAGUAACAGGUCUAUGAGUCAUCCAAUACAUUUUAAGACUCGAGAUACAAAGACUGAUCUCAGUUCAGUUCAUCAGAAGAGAUCAGAAGCAGAGUCCAGCUGUGUGUCUCUGAGGAGUAACAGGUCUAUGAGUCAUCCAAUACAUUUUAAGACUCGAGAUACAAAGACUGAUCUCAGUUCAGUUCAUCAGAAGAGAUCAGAAGCAGAGUCCAGCUGUGUGUCUCUGAGGAGUAACAGUGAAGCGUCUGUGAAUCAGCCAUUAGAUUAUAAGAGUGAAGAUACAAAGACUGAUCUCAGCCAUGAAGUCCUCGACAGGUUUAGAUCAAAUCUGCUGAAGAAGUUUGAGCGUCUGUAUGAGGGAACAGCGACGCAGGGAAACCCAACACUCCUGAAUGAGAUCUACACAGAGCUCUACAUCACAGAGAGUGAGAGCGGAGAGAUCAGUAAUGAGCAUGAGGUGAGACAGAUUGAGACACAAUCCAGGAGAGCAGCAACAGAGGACACAGCCAUCAAAUGCAAUGACAUCUUUAGACCUUUACCUGGACAAGACAAAGCCAUCAGAACUGUGCUGACAAAGGGAGUCGCUGGCAUUGGAAAAACAGUCUCUGUGCAGAAGUUGAUCCUGGACUGGGCUGAAGGGAAAGAGAAUCAGGACGUCCAGCUCAUAUUUCCACUGCCUUUCAGAGAAAUCAACUUGAUGAAGGACAAAACACUCAGUCUUUCAGAUCUUCUUCACGUGUUUUUUCCUGAAACUAAAGAAAUGGAAAUAUCCAGUGAUGAAUAUAAAGUGUUGUUCAUCUUUGAUGGUCUGGAUGAGUGUCGUCUGUCUCUGGACUUUAAGAGCAAAGUGAAGCUGUGUAAUAUAUCUGAAUCAGCCUCAGUGGACGUGCUGCUGAUGAACCUGAUUGUGGGGAAUCUGCUUCCCUCUGCUCUCAUCUGGAUCACCUCCAGACCAGCAGCAGCUGAUCUCGUCCCCUCUGAGUGUGUCCAUCGAGUGACAGAGGUACGAGGCUUCAAUGAGCCACAGAAGCAGGAAUACUUCAGGAAGAGAAUCAGUGAUCAGAGUCUGGCCGAUACAAUCAUCUCACACCUGAAGUCAUCAAGGAGCCUCUACAUCAUGUGCCACAUCCCAGUGUUCUGCUGGAUCUCAGCCGCUGUUCUGGAGAAGAUGUUGAGUCGAGCAGAGAGUGGAGAGAUUCCCAAGACUCUCACUCAAAUGUACACACGCUUCCUGAUCCUUCAGACCAACAUCAAACAUGAGAAGGACUAUGAGAAGAAGGUGACAGAUGAAGACAUGAUCCUCAAACUGGGGAAAGUGGCUUUUCAGCAGCUUGUGAAAGGCAACCUGAUCUUCUAUGAGGAAGACCUGAGAGAGUGUGGCAUUGAUGUGACAGAAGCAUCAGUGUACUCAGGAUUGUGCACUCAGAUCUUCAGAGAGGAGUUGGGCUUGUAUCAGGGGAAAGUCUUCUGCUUUGUUCAUCUGAGCAUUCAGGAACAUCUAGCAGCUCUAUAUGUGUAUCUCUCCUGUACAAACAACAACAGAAAUGUGUUUGAGCCAAUCACCAAACAGAGUUUACAGUCUAAAGUGAAGGACAGGUUUCAACUCAAUUCAUCAGAACAUGUUUCAUUAUCUGAGCUGCAUCAGAGAGCUGUGGAUGAGGCUCUACAGAGUAAAAAUGGACAUCUGGAUCUUUUCCUGCGGUUCCUUCUGGGUUUGUCAGUAAAGUCUCAUCAGAUUCUCCUACAACAAAUAAUAACGCUGAAAAGAAGCAGAUCUGACAGCAAUAAGAAAACAGCUGAGUACAUCAAGAAGAAGAUCAGGACCAUUGGCUCUCCAGAGAAAUCCAUCAAUCUGUUCCACUGUCUGAAUGAACUGGGUGAUCGUUCACUAGUGGAGGAAAUACAACAGUAUCUGAAAUCUGGAAGAAUAAAGGAAGCCAAACUCUCUUCAUCUCAGUGGUCAGCUGUAGUUUUUGUGUUGUUGACAUCAGAAGAGGAACUGAAUGUGUUUCGUCUUGAUACAUUUGUUGAAGGAAAGAAUGAGGCUGAAAAUAUGGAAGUUCUUCAGAAGCUGCUGCCUGUGAUUAAAGAAUCCAGAUCAGUUCUGUUGAGUGAUUGUGGCGUCACAGAUGAAGGUUGUGCUGCUCUGGCUUCAGCUCUGAGAUCAAACCCACACCUGAGACACCUGGAUCUGUCUCGGAAUAAACUCGGAGAAUCAGUGAAUCUGCUCUCUGAUGUACUACAGGAUCCUGACUGUAAACUGGAGAAACUGUGGUUGUAUAAUUGUGGCGUCACAGAUGAAGGUUGUGCUGCUCUGGCUUCAGCUCUGAGAUCAAACCCCUCACACCUGAGACACCUGAGUCUGUCUUGGAAUAAACUCGGAGAAUCAGUGAAUCUGCUCUCUGAUGUACUACAGGAUCCUGACUGUAAACUGGAGAAACUGUGUUUGAGUGAUUGUGGCGUCACAGAUGAAGGUUGUGCUGCUCUGGCUUCAGCUCUGAGAUCAAACCCCUCACACCUGAGACACCUGGAUCUGUCUGGGAAUAAACUCGGAGAAUCAGUGAAUCUUCUCUCUGAUGUACUACAGGAUCCUGACUGUAAACUGGAGAAACUGUGGUUGUAUAAUUGUGGCGUCACAGAUGAAGGUUGUGCUGCUCUGGCUUCAGCUCUGAGAUCAAACCCCUCACACCUGAGACACCUGGAUCUGUCUCGGAAUAAACUCGGAGAAUCAGUGAAUCUGCUCUCUGAUGUACUACAGGAUCCUGACUGUAAACUGGAGAUACUGUGGUUGAGAUAUUGUGGCGUCACAGAUGAAGGUUGUGCUGCUCUGGCUUCAGCUCUGAGAUCAAACCCCCCACACCUGAGACACCUGGAUCUGUCUAAGAAUAAACUCGGAGAAUCAGGAGUGAAGUUACUCUCUGAUCUGAAACAUGAUCCACAUUAUAAACUGGAGACAUUAUACUAUUGACUCUCAGUAUUUAGACGUCAGUCCAGUUUCCUCAGGAUCAGCUGAUGGUGAAUAAGGAGCCGCUACAGAGACGUCAGUCACACAAUCAACAGAGACUGAAGACACAGAGACACGGCAUCACAGAAAGUUAAAACACAGGGCUUAUAUACGCAGAGUUAGCAAUGGCAGGCGUGACAAUUCACUACAAUAUUUAAUUUUUUAUUUUUUUAAUUUAAACUGGAACCAAUUGCAAUUUUUCUUUUUUGGCUCAUUUGCAUUGAUGUUAUGCCUCGAGACACUAACAUGUGUGUAAUGGAUCAAGCAGCGUCAGAAUCUGGAGCAGGAUCUAAUUGAUGAUAGCUGUGUUGUAACUGAUGCUUGUGAUUUUAAACAUGUCCAAAAGAAGUAGUUUGAUCUGUAAGGGUGGAUAAUCAAGGAAAAAUGUAAAGAAAGGUAUGUUCUUUGACAUCGACUCAGAUGAGUCGACUAAGGCUGAAUGUGACGAUUAAACUGCUGUGUGUGCACUUGAAUGGGUUAAAUGCAGAGCAUAAAUUCUGGCCACACGUCACUUUCACUUUUUUUUCCCACUUUCAUUAUGAUGUAUUAUAUUAAGCUUCAUGUAAAGCAUUACAUUUUCAAUAAAACAGGUAUCAGAAGACAUCCGAUUGAGUUUAAUUAGUGAUUUUGCUAAUUCUCUAUAUAUCUUCAGUGAGUCGAGCAGUAAUCAGCACUGGUGAUCUACAGAGCAAAACAUCUGUCCAGCAAUAAGUGGAUGACGUUUCCUGAAAAAAGUGUUUGGUUCCUCUGAAGGAUUUCAGGAGCAGCGAGCUCAAAAUGAGACGCACGCUGGAGUUUCUCUUGAAAUUAAAGUCUGCACAGUAUUUACUAGAAUAUUUUCCAUGACAUCGAUGAACAUCUGCUUUGCUCUUCAUUUUAAAAGAAUUUCCAUCCAAACUCAGUGUGUAAUUCAAUCAAACACAAUAUCACUUCAAUACUGCUGAACUCUUGAUGAAACCGUUUAUCAGAGCAAACAUUCUGAGUCUUUUUGAAGGAGACGCUCUAGCAGCACAAACCUGUGUUUCAGUCGCCUCAUUUACAAAAUCAAUUUAAAAUAAUCUGAACAUAAUUACAUAAUGAUAACAUCAGCCAGUACGGGCCAAGAGUUUGCAAUGAUGAGCUUUUUUUG